CCAGAAAGAAGCUCUCAGUCAACUCCGCAGCUUCAUUACUCCAAGUCCAUUUUACCAGCACCCAUAUCUAGUUCACCUUCAAGCUAAAGUGCCGGUCAAGUGUAAAAAUUACGAUAUUUUAAGUGAAGGUGACAUAAAAAUGUCAGGAAGAAAUAAUAACUCACCUGUACACGGAGCUCUUAAGCUUUUCAUCUUGAUCAGUACGAUUUUAUACAGUGUCCAGUGUGUUCUAAGUCAUCAACCCGCGCCGCGGAAGAAUCACACCUCGCCACGGUCGGCUCUCCAUCUUCCAGCAGUAGAGCGAUCCAGGAAAUUCAGAUGCACAGAACCACAGCCACGUGCUUAUCAUCUCAAGGAUUUGAUGGACAGUCAGGGUUUGCUGGAGUCUGACGAGACACCAAAUCUACCAGUUUACCUGGUGAUACGUCGGUGUGAUGGUUACUCAGGUUGCUGUGCUUCGCCUGACAUGAUGUGCAUGCCCUUGGAAGAUUCAAUCGAACAUGAGGAACUUGACAUUCAAUUUUGGAGCGUCAACACCAAAAAAUAUACAUUCAAGCGAAUUACUGUUGAGCAGCAUCACAAUUGCAGUUGCGAACUGGCUAAUAAUACAGAGAGAGAGGCUUUAGAGAGCAGAAGACCACGGAUUACUCUGGUGUCUUAAAUUUUGAAUAAUUUAAAUUUUUAAAUUUAUUGUUCAAUUGUUCAAAUAGAAUAAUUAUUAUUAUCAUUAAUUAUAAUAAUAUAAGUGAUAACAUUCUGAUGGCUGUGAUAACUUGACUACUUUAUUAAUUUAUUUGUCAAGAAUAUAUUUAUUAUUCUUAAUAUUUUUUAGUCGUUUUUUAAAUAUAUAUUUCUGUAGACAUAUCAUAGUUAUUAAAUUCCAAAGAUAUUGCGUGGGUGUGUUGUAAGUCUGCUGAUAAUUUUUACUGCUGUCUAGUAUAAUAGUAAAUGUAUAGUGUAAGUGUUAAAGAAGAAUCACUUUCAGAUGACGGCUUAACAUACCGUGAUACUUUUUAUUACCACGCGAGUGAUUCAAAAUUAUACAUAUAUAUAUAUAUAUAAAUGUAAUAAAAUUAUUGGCAAUAAGCCCAAAUAAAACGCAUUGACGCUCUCAUAGCGCCAAUGGUCUUGGAAUAUCAGAUAAAUUAAAUUAUCACAAGAUACCUGUUGGUGACUUUUUUUGUUUGAACAUCAAUUAACACUUGAACAAGUGCGACUAACAGCUUUAAAAAAAAAUACUGUAUCUUAUAAUUGUAAAAAAAUGUUGUGAUAUUUAAAUUAGAAUAAUUUAGUGAAUAGUAAAUUAAAUUAUUGAGUAGUAAUAUGAUACUUGACACAAUGAAAUGUACCUGUUAUAUUUCAUUUUACAACUUGGAUGGUUGCCUUAAACUUUUUGCCAGCGAUAUGCAUUUUAUAAAUGAAUUAUUAUUUAUCUCCAUCAUCAUUAUCAUCAGCUUGCUUCUAUAAAUGUAUUGCAUGAGUGUGAAUGUAGCAGACGUGAGACAAUUUAUAAAUUUCAAAUCAUUAAAUAAAUAAAAUCAAAUAAUUAAAUUUUGUCUGCUAUAUUCACACUCAUGUGUAUUGCAAGUUUUAUUUAUGCUAUUUAUAAAUAAUUUAUGACUUUAAUUAUAAACAAAAACGAAUCUGCGAAUUUUUAUUA